AUGAAACUCAUUUUAGGAAAAAUGAUGUAUGUAAAAGUUCUGAUGAUGGUAAUAGCGAUAUGGUUCGUCCCCAUGAGCUACAGUAAUGGAGCUGAAGCACCCACUGGUGAUGGAGCUGAAGCACCCACUGGUGAUGGAGCUGAGGCACCCGGAACCGACGCCUUCAACAAUGGUUGGUAUGACGCACGAGCCACAUUUUACGGUGACAUCAAUGGUGGAGGAACUCAAAUGGGAGCUUGUGGAUACGGUGAUCUAUUUAAACAGGGCUAUGGUCUAGCCACGGCGGCGUUGAGCCCAGCGCUCUUCAACGAAGGCUACACUUGCGGGGCUUGUUACCAGAUCAUGUGCACUCGUGAUCCGCAAUGGUGUUUGCCCGGAUCCAUUAUAAUCACGGCUACAAAUAAAUGUCCAGCAAAUUACUCCAAGACGACAGACAUAUGGUGCAACCCACCACAAAAACAUUUUGAUCUCUCAAUGCCAAUGUUCCUCAAGAUCGCCAAGUACAAAGCUGGGGUUGUCCCGGUUAGAUACAGACGUGUUCCUUGUACGAAGAAAGGUGGUGUCAAAUUCGAAACCAGCGGAAACCCGUAUUUUUUAAUGAUCUUGCCGUACAAUGUAGGAGGAGCCGGAGAUAUUAAUGCCAUGCAGAUUAAAGGAAGCAAGACCGGAUGGAUAAACAUGAGUAAAAAUUGGGGACAGCACUGGACCACCAAUAUUGUAUUGACAGGACAAGGUUUAUCAUUCAGGGUUCAAACAAGUGAUGGGGUUAGUAAGCAAUUUAUGAAUGUUGCACCAAUGAAUUGGGGAUUUAAGCAGACUUUUGAUGGAAGGAUUAACUUCUAG